CAACAUCCAUACUAUUUGGUCAUAUUGCAAGAAGCCAUUAAAGUAAAUUGAAACUCUCAACCCAAACCAAUAAUGUCGAAAGGAAAAUCAAGGGUUUGGAUUGGAUUAUAAAUGUUUGAGCCCGGGCGACUGGGCGUCACUCGGGUCCAAGGGGUUUGGGGUGUCAGCCAUGACCUUGAAAGGGUAGGCGCCCCUCCUCGUCCGAAAUAAGAGAAGAGAAGAGAAGAAGUGUAUAGAGAGAGAAAGUAGAGAGAAGUAGUAGUAAGUGUAGAUGGAUCGUCAUUUAUGAGGAGAGAACUCCUAUUUAUAUACAUUUGAGAGGUAGGUAGUGGUCUGGGCGCCUGCCAAGCCAUAAAUGCUCUGGUCGGGCGCCUCAGACUCUCUGACACUGUUCAUAGUCCUUUUGGCAGAGGGUGUCCCCCUGCCCCUUGUCCUUGCUGCUGUCAGGUGCCUGGGCUUGUCUCUUGUCCCCCAGCCUUGUCUUUUUCCUCUUGUCUUCUUCCUUUCUCCAUGUCAUUAGCCAUGGUAUUAAUUCCUCAAUCAAUAUGAUACCCUAUCAAUUGCCCCUUUUGGCGAUGCCGUGAGUAUACGGUAUUGUCAAACAAAUAUGCCCUAUGUUGGUAAACUACACAAACUAUGAAGAAACGGAAAAAGAAGAAAGAAGGAAAGAAAAAAUAAAAAAUAAAAAAAAUAAAAUACAUAGAUAAUGGUAAUAAUAAUAAGAAAGAGGGACAAGAGAAAAAAUUAUAAAAGAAUAAAUAAGCAAAAUAAUUAAAAUAUCGUGAAAAAACAAACUACUGGCAAGGCAUGGGGUGGUGGCGAAGACGCCACCCCCUGGAGGCUGCUAGCAGUAGUUUUGGAUCAAGCCCACUCAAAUUUGGAGGGGGGGUGGUUUAAUUGAGGUAGUGGGAAGUUGGGCUCUAGAGCAGCCUGCUUCGAGGAACGUGCGCCCUCUUUCCUCCCUAUUUAAACCCUUUCCUUCCUUCUCUCCUCACUUCUCCCCCAAAUUUUUCGGCCGCCCUCUUCCCUUGCUCCCCUUUUCCUCGGCGCCUCCCUCUUCCGAAAGGCGCUCCUUCUCGCGCAGGCGCUCCUCCCUGUUCCUCCUCGGCGCCUCCCUCCUCCGAAAGGCGCUCCCUUCCGCGCAGGCGCUCCUCCCUGCUCCUCGACACCUUUCCCCUUCGCACAGGCGUUCAACCGGCUCGCGGAAGCUCCUUCCUGCCUUUCCUCAGCGCCUCUCCCGAUUGUACCUUGCUCGUGCGCCUCCGAUUUUCUUGCGGCGGCGGCCUCUUUUCAAUAGGUAACACUUCCUAUGCUCCUUGUUCUCUUUUUCCAUCGUAUGGAUGACACUACCUAAGCGAAAUAGAUGCGAUUUAGGUUAGGGCGUAGGCGCCUCUGAAAGUGUUUUGGUGAUCUGAAUGGUGGCGCCUUGUACCUUGCCUCAUGUUCAUGGGUAGGCGCCUCUAAAGGCAGCUUGGUGGUUUGAUCGGUGGCGCCUUCCAUUUCCUUUGAUGCUUGGAUUUUUCCCCACAUUAGUCCAAUUCAUGGGCACCUUCCCCUUUGUAGGCGCCUUAGCAAAAAGGAAAAAGGGGCGGCACCUUGCUCACUCGCACCCUGUUCUUUGUCUGCUUGCAGGUUUUGAUUUCUCGGUGUCACAAGCGCCUAUCAAAACAUAGUCACGGGAGGGAACGGUUUUUUACCCGCGCGUUAUCGGCUUAGGCGUAGUACACGCUUCUCCUCCAAGAUUCACUUUGCUGCUCAUCACUCCUUGAUGGCUUCCAACAACUCUCAACCCUCUGCGUCUGUGGGUGGCGCCCCUACCUCUAAGAAAGGAAAGGAGAAGGCUUCCUCAAGCAAAGUUAGGAAGAUGGUGGAUCAAACAGUGUAUAGACGAUCCAAAUGGAGACUCGCCGAGAUUGCCAGCGACAUCGAGGAUGAUCAAUCAUAUACCCGUUUGGAGGCGCUUACUGAGGAUGAUACGUCAAGUGUGGACCCCGACCCCGGCACGUCUUGUUCUCGGACGGUUACCGAUUCAGGAUAUACUAUUCUGCCUUGGCGGGGGAUGUGGGGUGGUGAGGCGCCUCCUUCCUCAGCGCGCCUACUAGGUCCUGACAAGAGACCCAGCAUUCAACUGCAUCGCGUUGUUUCUUAUAUCCGCGGCCUAGGUUACCCUACAGACUGGGGAUAUGCAGUUCCGGAUGGUAGUGCUCGCAUCGGGAGUUGCCCCGAGGGUUGGUUUGCGAUUUACUCGGAGUAUCUGAAGUGCGGUUUGAAGUUCCCAUUGGAUCCCAUCUUAUCGGGUAUCCUGGAGAUGGUUGGGUGCCCUCUUAGUUUUCUGUCUCCUUCGCUUAUCUUUCACACCUGCGCCUUCCGGCUUAUCUGCAAGCGCUUAGGCUACAUCCCUUCAUUCUCUAUCUUCCGCAGCAUAUAUGCGUUGGAGCGGGGUAAGCAUGGUUGGUCGGCCGUGAAGCGUGAUAGUAAAUACCAGGGACGGGUUUGCAAGGGAUCGCCUAAGCUCCCUAGCAAGUGGUAUUGCUCUUACUUCUUUAUUAGGCCGACUCCCGGUACUUGGCACGCACCGACCUCGGCGCCUCUCUCGACUCUGUGGGGUGAGGGUUCGGAAGAAACGUGGGCCAAGGAUUUUACCCUUGCGAAGCCUGAGCGGGAACAGAAGCACCACAUUCUUCGUGCGCCUCCCGUGGAUUUUGGGAGAAAAGGGGAGAGGGCGCGCGCCCUGGGGGAACUUUACGACCAUGAUUUUGACUACUCGAGCUUGGCGAAGAUGGCGAAGAAGAUUCCCGGGGCCUCCGGAGUUAGGGCACAGAAGGCGGCUCCCCGUUCAUCUGGCAAAGCGUCUGACGACAUCGAGGAGGCGUCUCCUCGAUUGUUUCCUUCCUUGGGGUCACGCGACCCUCUCCCGGAGAAGACAUUAGGCAAGCGCCAUGCCUCGGCCGACUCUCCUGUUGCGGUUCCGAAGAAGAAGAACAAGCCGAGUCUUGGGAGUAUUGAUGAGAUUUUGGCACCUCCUCGCUCGCGGCGUGCCGUAAAGCCGAAGGAGCCUGUUCCAAUCUCUCCUAGUGCUGCCCUCAAUGCUCCCAGCGCCUUUACUUCGGCCGUGGAGUUGAGGAAGUUCCUGAAGCUUCCCCUCGACGAGGGUACCUCUCCUGCAGGCUCGGCGUGCCAGCACUUGUUCCAGGCGAUGCUUGAUGUGGUUGCUCUUUCUGACAAGAGUGCGGAGAAUCGAGAUCGCGCCCAUAAGAACUUUCUGCAGGCUUCUCAGUUGAAAACUGACAAGAUUACUCUCCAAGGCGUUAACUCUCGUCUGGAGGAUGAGUUGGCGUCGGUGAAGCGGCAGCUUUCGGACGCCUUGGCUGCUGAGAGUGUUUCUGCUCGUGAAGAGAAGGAGAAAGAGAUAGCAUUCCAGGCGAAGCGGAUCGAGGCCUUGGAGAAGGAGCUGCUGGCGAUGUCUGCUGCUAGGGGUCACCAGAAGGAGGAAUUUAAGAAGAGGCUGAUCAAGGAGCGUGAAGAUGCCGUAGACGCCCACUUGUCCUCAGCGGAGUUUCGUGAGUGGCAGCAGAACCUUUUGCUCGGAGUGAAGAAGAGAGCUUUCAUCGGCAUUCGUAAGAAGGUCCGCUCCGAUAAUCCUGGCAUGAAGUGGGAUACUCCGGAGGUCUGGCAGGCUAUGGAUGAUUAUUUCCUCUCCCUUGGUACGGAUAACGAGCCUUCCGACUCGUACCCGUACCCCUUGGAUGAGGGCGACUCUUCUGCCGAUGACGUGGGGGUUGACGUCGAGAGGGUUGGGGAAGAGGGAGUAGGUGACAACGUCGAUGCCAAUGCUGGUGCCGGGGAAGGUGGUGGUGAUAUGGUUGCUGUUGAUGGUGAGGGUGACGCCUCGGAUGGUGGCACCGAUGGUGACUCUAGCUCGUCCGACAAUCACUCGAGCAAGUCGGACUAGUAGAUGCUUAUUUCUUGUUUGUUUGGACUCAGUCGACUUUAUGUUAUCUUCUGCUUAUUUCUUCCUUGCAUGUCUGUGGAUGUUUAGCUUUCGGGCUAUUAUUUUGAACAAUAUUAUCCGCAAGCUUUCCGUUU